AUGGCAGCACAGCAUUAUGGAGUACUGGUUCUUGGUGCCGGCAUUUCGGGCAUAAAUGCUGCCUACAGGGUCCAAACGCAGCUUCCCAACAUGGAGUACGGAGUUCUUGAAGCACGUUCAACAGUUGGUGGCACCUGGGACUUUUGGAAAUACCCUGGGCUGCGCACUGAUAGCCGUAUGACUAUAUACGGCUUCCAGUGGAUGCCGUGGCCCAAGUCAACGACGCUGGCCAAUGGCGAGGAAAUCAACUCGUAUAUUCAUCAGGCUGCCAAGAAGACAGGCAUUUAUGCCAAAAUCCAAUUCGGACAUCGAGUUCAAAGCACCGAAUGGUCGACCGCCGAUAAAUGCUGGACCGUGACCGUUGACGCACACGGUGAGACCAAGAUAUUUACGACAUCAUGGUUGAUCAACUGCAUGGGCUAUUACACCUAUGACCAGCCCCUGAAAUCACCAAUUCCUGGUCUGAACGACUUUCAAGGCGACAUUAUCCACCCUCAGUUCUGGAAAGAAGACACCGACUGGGCGGGGAAACACAUCGUCUUGAUCGGUUCAGGAGCGACUGCUAUCACUAUUCUACCGAACUUAGUGGACAAGGCCAAGCGAGUUACCUUGCUACAGAGAAGUCCGUCAUAUGUCUUGCCGAUCCCAUCCUCCCCUAGCCUGGAACGUAGGCUGAGCUGGUGGCUCCCCUUCUGGCUGUCAUCAGCCCUACUUUGGUGGAUUCGAGUGAUUGAGGAAGCCAUGCUGAAAGUGCUGCCUAAGCGUGUUGAUAUCAAGCACUUCACCCCCGGCUACCUCCCGGGCGAGCAGAGAGUUUGCGUUUGUCCAGAUGCUGAUUUCAUUCGCGUCGAGCAUAAGCAUGUGGACAUCAUCACAGAUACCAUCGAAACAGUCACACCAACAGGCAUUCGGACCAUAGGCGGCAAUUUUAUCGAGGCGGAUAUGAUCAUCACAGCUACGGGCCUCAAUAUCAAUCUCUGGGGUGGUGUUGACCCCGUCCUUGAUGGGAAGUCGGUAGUCUUGGGUGAGAGUUUUGUGUGGCGAUCGUGCAUGAUUGAAGGUAUCCCAAAUGCGGGAUUCAUAUCCGGAUACAUCUCCGGCACGUGGACGCCUGGCGCGGAUAUUGGCACUCGUACAUUCAUCCGGGUCAUCAAACAUUGCCAAGAGGUCGGCGCGUCUGAGGCAAUCCCAACUGUUGGCGACGAGGAAGCUCGCGCGAAGCUGCCGCGCGAACGACGAAUGUUGUGCAAUAAAAGCACCUACAUGCAAGCUGCACAACACAGGCUUCCAAUUACUGCGGAUAUUGGACCGUGGUAUAAAGGGACAUCGUGGGUUUCCGAUUUUUGGAGGACAUUCUUUUCCAAUGUUACGGACGGCCUGAUUUAUUCAACACCACGGAAAUAA